UUCAGUUUCUAGUUGAUGCUGUUGAAUAUUUUCACAAGAUACUUCUUGGACAUGUGAUCAUGGAUUCCAAGAAAGGAUUGAGAGAUGUGUUUCCUUUCUAUGAAGGACUUGAUAGACCUUUUAAAAGUCAUAAUUACAAACAGUUUUUGGGAGAAACAUGGUGGGAGCCUGCUCAAAAGAGAAAUUUGGGAGAUAAGAUCUUGCAUGACAAAUCAAGUGGGUGUCAUUGAAUGCCUAAAUACACCCUUUUUAUCACAACUAGAGAGGUGGAUAGCUGCCAAAACUUGUAUUUUUAAGGAAAAAGGAAAACAACAAUUGCACAACACCAGGAUGCAGUACGAGGAGAGGAACCAGCACUUAUUGCAGCUUCAGCACAGUAUCAGAAAACAGGACUGGAGAAUCAAGAGACCGAGAGUAAAGAAAAGCGCCACCUGAAUCAACUCAUCUCCCGGAGAUGCGCAAGCUGGGAGUUGAUCCUUGGGCAAAACUCUGAUCUGAGCCCCAGUCUCCUGCCUUAUUUUCUCCACAAUCUUCCCUCCUCUCCAAGCACACAUCCAACCUGAUUACUCUGCGCCAGCAACCUACAAGUUACCGAAUUCUUAGUCUCACUUCCACCA